AUGUCCAAAAUAACUAGCACCUUGGCUGUAGGGGAGAGGGGAAAAUUUUCAGCACAAGCUCAACCAAACCCUAGGGAACAAUAUAUGGCACAAACCUCGGGAUCAGGAGAAAACAACCUUAAGAAAGUUAAUGCCAUAACCACUAUGUCUGGUAAGGUUAUUGAACCAACCCCCAAACCUAGGGAAGAUGAAAAGGACCCUAGCAAUUCAAAAGAGGGUACCCUUAGUGAGAAGGUUCCCACAUAUGCUAAAGUCUUAAAAGACUUGUGCACUGUGAAGAGGAAACACCAUGUCAAAAAAACUAUUUUCUUGACUGAACAUGUGAGUGCUAUUAUUAAGCAAAAUAUCCCACCAAAGUAUAAGGAUCCUAGUUGUCCUACUGUCUCUUGCAUCAUUGGAAAUCAUGUGAUUUCACAAGCCCUUCUUGAUCUAGGGGCUAGUGUCAAUAUCAUGUCGUAUGAUAUUUACUUGUCGUUAGGACUAGGAGAGAUAAAGGUCAUAUCAGUAAAUUUACAAUUGGCUGAUCGGUCCACUAUUAGGUCUAGAAGAGUAGUUGAGGAUGUGUUGGUACAAGUUGACAAAUUUUACUACCCUGUUGACUUCUUGAUUUUGGACAUAAAAGUUGAUGUGAAUGUUAACUCCAAAAUUCCUAUAAUUCUUGUUAGACCUUUUCUUGUCACAACUCAUGUUCUUAUCAAUUAUAGGAAUGGUCUAAUGAAACUAUCAUUUGGGAACAUGACCCUGGACAUCAACAUCUUUCACAUCAUGAAGCAACCUGAGGAGGAUGACUAG